AUGUUUUCAAAAUCAAUUAUUCUUCUACUAAAACAACAAAAUAAUUUACAUCAAAAAUUAAUUAGAACAAUAUCUACUUCAAUUAAAAUUCCAGAAAGAAGGCAAGAUUUUUCUAAAUUAACAAAAGAUGAUAUUUUUAUUUUUCAAAAUUUGUUGGGGGAAAAUAAUGUAAAAACUAAUGAAAUUGAUGAUUUCAAUUUUGAUUUUAUGCAUUGGUAUAAAGGCAAUUCUUCAUGUGUUCUUUUACCAGAAAAUACCCAACAAAUAUCCUCAAUUCUUUUUCAUUGUUAUAAAAGAAAGCUUGCUGUAGUGCCCCAAUCUGGAAAUACUGGAUUGGUUGGGGGGUCAAUUCCGAUGCAUGAUGAAAUAAUUUUAUCAAUGAAAAAAUUUACUAAAAAUUUUGAAUUGGAUUCGACUUCAGGUUUUUAUUUAAAAAUUACAGAAGAGCUUUUUGCGGACAUUUUUAUUUUUUCGGAUUUUUUAAAAAUCUUUUCUACGAUUUUAUAAAUUUUUAGAAAUAGAGAUAAUUUUCUAGCUAGCAUAAAAUGCCAAAAAUAAAUAGAACUAAAUUCAAGUCGCGAUGU